GAAAAAGCCACAGAUGCUUUCCUGUCGCAAAUAGCUUCAUACUAGCAGGCUUUCUGUGAGCUCCUACUCUUUAUCCUGCAAUUGGGCGGCGAACUGUUACCCUAAUAGAUAACUGACCUAACGUCUACCCACCCACGCAACAAUGUCGACUACAAAGGUUCCCUUUACGGAACCGGAAUGGAAGAUUCCCGGAUACACCGGCUAUAUCCAAGGCCUGCAGGAAACAUACAAGAAGACACCUGUGAUGGCGCAGCUGGAGACAAAGGACCCUACGCCCGAGUCGUUCAUCUACACGCGCACGCAAACCGCACCCAAGCCAUCGCCAGUGCGUGACCCCUGCAACGAUCCCAGCAACUUCAAGAAGCCACAACCCGGAAACCUGUGGCCUUCUCUCCAAGACACCGCGAUCCAGGCGUCCUUUAAGCCACCUACCAGCAACAUUGCCCUCGGCGACGAGCGUAUCAUGCCCUUCCGGACAUCUUACGGCGUGGACUUCAGGGCUCCUUUUGAUGGGCAGGAGCGGUUGCGCAGCCCGAACCGUAACGAGGACCUCGCAAAGACAACAGCUAGCCUUAGCAGCAUCUACAAGAGCUCCUUCAACCGAGUAGGAGAGAAGCGGCUCCAAAAGAUGAUCAGCACCAUGCGUGAGCGCAUGGAGGCCAAGCUGGGCAACAGCAACAACAACGCCUUCCGCAUGCGCAAGCUCUUCAAGAUGUACGACAAGUCCGACACCGGGCGGGUGCACUUUGAGGACUUCCGCAACAUGGCGGAGACGUUCGGCAUGCAGCUGGACGACGACUCGCUCAUGGCGCUAUACUUCGUGUACGACCCCGAGGGCACGGGGUACCUGGAGUACGAGGCGCUGGUGUCGCAGCUCAUGUCCCCCUCGGACUUCGCCUUCUACAAGGGCUACGUGGAUUACAGCCAGGACAAGGCCGAGGAGGCUCGCCGCGUGGAGCUGCUCUCGCAGCUCAAGAAGAAGAUCGGCCCGGUGGCGGGCGACCUGGAGCGGCUGCUCAAAGCCUUCGACUCGUCCGGCAAGGGCCGCGUCAGCAAGCAUGAGUUGGUGGCGGGGUGCGCGUCCGUAGGUGUGGUGCUGAACGACAAGGACUUUGACACGCUGGCGCCCGUCAUGACCACCAACGCGGACGGAUUCAUCGACUACGCUGCCUUCUGCGCCGUGUUCAUUGACAGCUAAACGUUCACGCGCGCGAAGGGAGGGUUCUGGGAUUUGGGUCAGACCUGACAGCGCAGGGUGAAGGGGGGGGUGCAAAACCUUGAUGACUUGACCUUUACCUAGUAAAGGACGCACGGGAGCGCACUGUAGAUGUUUGCAUGGCCGGCGUGAGCGGGCUAUGUAUGGGCGGGGCAGUUUCGGCAGGCCUAGCGGGCAGCAGGAGGAGCAGGGUGCGCUGGGGCGGCCGGAGACAAGCUGUGAGCUAAGCAACGGCUGGGACGAUGUUUCUUCCUAUAACUCGAACAGGCCGCCUAGUGGUGUGCACAGGGGAAGGCUUAGAGGCUAGUGUAUACUAGGACUGUAUCUCCUGGCGGGUGUACAUACAUACGCGGUGUGGCAUAUAGGUAGCCUAGGCAGGCGUUUUUACGUAUUUGAUGCUGGGAAUGUAGGACUGCUUUUGCGGCCGCUUAUAAAGCAGUGGGUAGCUAAUGUCUGUCGAGACGCAGGUAUGGUAUGACUCGGUACGGGACAGAGAAAUCCGACAGGGAGGGACAUGAGCGGAGGGGGGCAGACAUUCUUCGGUUACAGGCUCUCGCAGGAAUGCGCACCGUGAGGUGCCGCGGCGCCUUCAGUGAUGAGCCCCUUCUCCAAGACCCCACGCGCGGGCUACUUGGCUUGCAACAACAUAAAAUAGAGUGUAUUGCUCGCCCUGUGCAUCUCAUUCCACUCCUCGUAGGACACCACUCUGUAUGGCACCAAGCCC